GCCGGUACCAACAACAACACAACUGCAAGGCGCUUCGAAGACGUACGUUUCUCAAGGUCAACGCAACCUGGUGCCCUCGGUCUCUUUGGUAGCUGGCUCUACGCGGAUUCGUCGAAGCCGUUCCGGAAUUAGUACCCCAUGAAUUUUUCUUUGGUUGGUGAUAAGUGCAUACAGUGAAUAGUGAACCCAAAAGUGGUACCAUAAAGGAAUAUUCUCAAACAUGUGACGGAUAAUAUUGCAAUUAAAGAUCCUAAAAAUGACAAGAAAGCUUAGCAUCAACAUUGGGGCUGGCAAAUCUAAAGUCCCAAUACCGUUGACGGCUUUACAAUGAUGCCAUCAAGAUCCACGCCCAAUCUACACCAGACCAAAGGCUUCACUUCAACGGCCUACCAUCGACUGACUCAGAAGGUGGUACCGAGUACUGGCGGGGGUAGGAAUGACGACUCACCGCCGCCAGCACCACCCGUACGUGAUUCGUCCAGCCUUAAGAGCAUCAAAUACGGACCCGGACACGAAAAAUUCCCUUCUUGGCCGGUACCCGAGGCCGCCGCGCGCUCCACCUCCAAUUGCGGUUCCACCCGAUCCAAGUCGUGGACCGAUCACACGAAUUAUCCCAAGGAAAAAGUGAUCGCCUACACCAGACCCUACAUGAAGCGGCAAAAUUCCCAGUACGCUCAACAGAAGCUAAAAACUGUGAUGGAGCGUUGCGAAAAAAUCCCGCCGGAAACCUUCGAGUCCAGAAACAAAGACCCGCCCAAACGCCUUUACUUGCCAAACGUCGACCACGACGGUAAACCUCUAGGCGACAUAGACUAUAGUGUACCUUCGCCUCCAGAACGCGAAUACUCCAAGCCUCAACUAACCCAAAAAGACUUGGAAGAGUAUGCCAAAUCCUACCAAGAUCAUCGACUCACAGAAAGCGGUUUGGAAGAAUUUAUGGAGUACAACAACAGAAGUUACGAGGAUGGUAUCCUUACUCAAAUCCACCAUCAAAAGCAAGUGUCUUAUGCGCAAAGCGAAGGAUACCACAGCUACGUUUCAAGCACUGACUCAACAUCCACCCCGUUUUUGGACAGACUGAGACGUGACAGCGAAGCUGUAGUGUCACGUCCUCACUCUUCAGCUACAUGGGAGGAAGAAUCCAGUUGUAGCAGAGGAGAAGGCCGCGACAGUGUUGUCACUACAAGUUCUGGCAGUGCUUCUUCUAGUGAAACACUCAAAUGGCACGGUUCCAUGAGUGAUGUAUCAGUUGCUAGCAGUUCCUGUACUCAUCUUGCCAACUCGCGGCAGCUUAUAGCUCACAGUGCCCGAGUGAAAACGCCGCAGAAACACCAUUCCGAAAGUGUUUUGUACAUGAGCCAGUCCGAAAAAGAGUCUAAAACCAGUAGUGUAAAUAAUAAGUUGAAGCUGUUUCCUGUAAAUACCUAUACGGUGCAAGAAGCUGCUAGUGAAACAGGGAUUAAUAAUAGUUCUAAAAACAGAUUAUCCUUGUCGUUGCAGUCAGCUCUGUCCGUAGCAGAUCGCAUAAGCGAACUGGAAAAACAACAAAAAUACUCAUACCUAGACCCAAAUAAGAAACACAAAGUUCCUGAUCCUACCCUGAAGGCCAUCCAAAAAAAGGCCCUGCUGUCGUUCUACGAACGGCACCAAAGUGCCAGCAAAAACCCGUGGCGCUCUGAGCCACAGUUGGCUCAGCAGCCGCUCAGUCUGAGCAAACCAGCUCAGCCGAAAGUCAAAGUUUCCUUGCCAUCGCGCCGAGCUUCCUCUGCUAGCGAUUAUAAUUCCAAAAGAAGCAGUUUGGCUUCAACACUUGAAUCCAAAACAACCGAUAACAUAAUUGGGGGUAAAAUCACUCCAAGGCAUCAGCACAGUAACUCGUGCGGGAGCCUUUCAACUAUGGGGCCUAUGAUCAUAGGCCCUUCGAUAUCUUUGGACGAUUACGUGCUGGAAAAACCACCCGAAAGACCACCGAAAAAUCCCAAUUUACGCUCGGCGUUUCCUGAUUUGUUUCAACAAGAGCAAAGAGUUCCUAGUCCUGAUUUGCCUCCCCCAUCGCCUCCUACAGUUUUAGAGCACGAAGUUUUUGACAAUGACGAUCCUCUUCCGCCUCCGCCUCCAGAGUGUAGCACCAUUAGCUGGCGAGAACAGUUCAAUGAUAGAUUAAAAUCUGGUCAUCAAGUGCCUCAGCCGCAAGUCGAUAACAAUAAGAAAAAUUCUCCGCAUCAGAACGUGAUCGGCAUUCCUGAACGUUCGAUGCGAUAUUCGCUGAUCAAAACCAGGCCGGGCGAUCAUAUCAUUCAGCAGGUUAGCAGUAAACCUUAUCAGUCUUUGCCCGACAAGAACAAACCCGAGACGCAAUUGGGUUUUCCGAAUCAGAGAGGUUAUGCGGAGAGAUCUAGUACACGAUAUCCAUCCACCCAAAAACUAGCUCUCAACGGCAUAGCGGACCCAUUGCCCAUCCACCACAAAAACCACGCAUCGCCUGGAUCCAGACUGGAAACUCACAGAGCCCAAAGGGCCUCGAUCGCCGAGAGCCCUUACAAAGAAUCGCCGCCGCCCUUGCAGCCUCGCCACAUGCGAAUCAAUCAGAGCAUGAGGGCUAAGAUCAGUCAUGAUCAUAAGACCAGGCUGUCACCGCCCAAAGAGGGUAGAUCGUCAUCGUUGAGUCAAUCGAAGGCAUCCUACCUGGCCUCGAGACGAGACCGAGAACUGAUAGUCUCCGACUCAGAAACUGGCAGCUACAAGCGUACAAUGUCGCCCAACGGACACGCGCUGGUCCCCGAACCCAUCAGCGAACCUCAGAAGACCAACAGCCGCGAAACCGUCUGGCCUCUGAUCCGGCAAAGUCGCAACAACAACAGCGUGCUGCGCAAGUCUUCGAUGAAAGACAAACAGCAAUGUGAUAAAAACAAUUUGUCUAACGGUACGAGUACGGUGCUUCCGGAUGUUUUACCUGUAAACGCCAAAAUGAUCCCUAGAAGUCCUCAGACGUGUAGCAGGCCUCAGCAUCUGAGUUUUGCUUCUUUGAACGGAGCUGUGAAGAAAUCGCCACCCCAGUCACCUUCAAAAAGUCCUGCAAGAAGCUCACCGUUUGCACCUUUACGUACAACAGCUCUCUCUUCUCCUCUAAAUCUAAGACCUUCGCCUCCCACCACUUCAACUCCUGUAAGAUCCUCUCCGCAAACUCCUCCACACAUCAAACCGUCUCUAUCACCAAGUGGUUCUCCUAUAAUUAAGCUGUCGCCUUUGAGAACCUCUCCUAAUAGUUCCUCAACUGCAACCAAACCAAUUGAAGGUUUGCAAAUGAUGCAAAGGACUGAAGUGGUUUUGCGGGUUAACACCACGACCAGCGACGCCUCAUCGCAAACCGAAAAAGACGAACUUCCGCCCACGCCUCUGCCUACCAGGAAAAAACUGCAAGAGGAAAUCGAGUGCGAAAAACUAUCGCAGGAUUUUGUUAACCAUUUACCCACUUCUGAUAGACUGAAAGAUCUCUUAGUUCCUGGACCCGAACAUAAAAAGCCAACGGAUUACGUGCACGGCUUGUUCCGAGUCGACGUUACGCUCAGACCGAGAUCCGCCAAUUCGCCGUUUAGAAGUCGAAAUAAUACGCCGAGCAGUAGCCCGCCUCCGUCUUUGAAUGUCAAGACAACCAAAUUAAGUUUACCGCCAGAAUCGCCGACCAGUCCUCUGUCGUGUUCGUCAGUUUACUUUACCACGUCGGAACCCAAGGCGAAAUUCCUAACUAGGUUUAGUCAAGACAUGAACCAGUGUCACCCUGUUCAGGAUACCAAAGAUUUGAGUCAAAAAAAGGAGGAACUUGUUGGUCGUCUGGAUAAAAAACUGGAAGUGCUACGAGGCGAAGCCCUGAUCGUAUCAGACGAGUGCAAAAUCAACGACGAACUGGGUAUAAGCGUAGAAAACUACAUCAAUAGAGUGGCCAGUCCGCAGGAGGUGGCCAAAUUCCGACUGCACGUGGAGGAAGUAGGCAAAAUAACCAGUUUGCUGUUGGGUUUGAGUGGUAGACUGGCCAGGGCCGAGAACGCUCUCAUGACUAUGGAGGAAGCAGAUCCAGAAAGGGUAAUUUUGGAAUCUAAACGUGACAAACUCCAAGACCAGCUCGAAGAAGCCAAGAAACUCAAAGAGUGCAUCGAUAAACGCAGCAUCCACGUCUCCAACAUCCUUUACAAGUAUCUUAAUUCAGAAGAGUACGCGGAUUAUGAUCAUUUCAUCAACAUGAAAGCCAAAUUGAUCAUGGACUCAAAGGAGAUCAACGACAAAAUUAAACUGGGCGAAGAACAACUUGGUGCCCUCAAGGAAACUUUGAUCAUAACCGACUGAUUGGUGCAAAGGACAAUUUAAUUUAGAUUUUAAUUUUAUUAUUUAUAUUUGUAACGUAGGGUCCACCUCGCAAUUAUUAUUUUGUGUCGGCAUAUAUGCCUCUUACUGUUUAAAGAAAAACGGAUAAGAUGGUGCAAAGCCAUAUAUUAAUAAAGUGUUUUAUUUUUUGGAGAACUACUCCUUUUAUUAAAACAAAUAGGCUGUUAUAUUGUGUGCAUUUUUUUGUAUUUUAAGCUUAAAAUAAUAAUGGCAAUUAAUGGCUGAUUUACAGUGCAAAGAAUAGGUCUGUUUUUGCAGGAAACUAGUUUGUUUGUGAUUUCUGCAGAAACAGACCUAAUAUUGCCAGUGUUAAAACAUCUUCCUACCAAGUAUUUAAAUUAGUGUAGUGUAUAGGAUUUGAGCAGUCUAAAUUCUGAUUAUUUUUAUUUUGUAAAUAAGUCGCUGUUAUUGUUAUAUAAAGCGCGGAAAAAAAAUCUCCAAAAACGGUGCUCCUGAACAUUGACGUUGUUAUUAUUGUGAUUUUCUUAGUGUAUGUUAAACCAUAAUUAUUAUUAUUGUAUUUUUUUUUUUGUUUAUCGCCUAGAAUUCUCCUAUUAGUAAAUUUGUAAUUUUUUCCUCUUCAGCUUUAUGCAGUGCUUGCAAAUAAUUCAAUAAAAAUGUCUGUAAUGAAUUUUUGUAAUCAAUUAGGCCCAGUUGUACCUAAAGUUCAAAAUAAAAUACACCCUGUAUGAUGAUAUUACCUACCAUUGUCCCUCCUUAGUAACUAAGGCAAUUGUGUACAAUAUAUUGGCAGAGGUUACAUAAGCACACAGGAUUUUCGUAUAAAUUCCAAGCCUCAUGCAAUCAGUCUUCCCUUAUUAAAAAAAAUAAAUAAAUAAGUACUCGUGACUCAUGAUUAUUUAAGUAAUAUAAUUUAGUAAGUACUAUAGGCUAUAGGUAAUUAAUUACCCCCAAUGUUGUGCUCAUGUUUUUUAUAAUUGUUUGUCUGUUAUCUAAACUACUUUAUACAGGGUGUCCCCGUUCAACUGGUCAAAAAUGCUAGGGUAUUAUAGAGGAACCAUGGAGAAGUAGCUGAGAUAGGACACAGAUGGUCGGAAGUGCGUCGUUUCCAAAAUACAGGGUGUUGAAAUUUUACAAAAAAAUCGAAUUUUUUCCUCUGUAUUGAAAACUCUUUUAGCGAUUUUAAUAAUGACAUUUUCAGGAUUCAAAUGAUAGGUCAAAUUGGUGGUGAUGCAACUUUUUAAGGAAUUGCAGUUGAUUUGAUUUGACCAGGGACGGACUUGCAACACAUGUGUGUUAAAUUUUUUGAAGAAAAAAUUGUACGCCACUGACUAUCGGUGUCCUUAAAUAAUUAUUAUUGUACACAAAAACUUACUGAAAUGUGGCCCUUCUCCGUCAGUUCUCCCAUCAGGUAGGUACUGUAAUGUAAUAAUUAAAAAUAAAUCUAAUUAAAACUAAGUUUCAUCUAUAUAGAUAUUAAUAAUUAGGACCUUAGCAGGUACUUUCUAUGCUCUAGAUAAUUAGGUAGGUCUGUUUCAGUUUCUGUAGAAAUCACAAACCAGUCGGAGUGAAUUUCAUUGGUUGAAACUAGUUUUCUGACUGUUUUCAACCAAUGAAAUUCGCACUAAUCGCUCUGACUGGUUUGUGAUUUCUGCAGAAACAGACCUAUCAGAAAGUACCUGCUAGGUACCAACCAGACAGUUACUUAUCAGUUGGUCCAUAAUUAGGCCCUAAUUCAAAUAAAAACGCCGAAAAGAAAAACUUUUCGAACUACGACCUGCGCCAUUAUCCGGUUUAUUUUUGAAUGAAAUAAUAAACAUAAACAACUAUCUACUUUGGAACUACUCCAAUAUUGGUAUCUCUUCUUAACUUGGCCCUUUACAAAGAGACAGAACAUAGAAGUCAGGAUGUUUUCUUUAAAUUUUGCUUAGGAUUAUGGGUAAAAGACCGUACUAGGUACUACUAGGCCAACCUGUAGAUUUAUAAUUUUGGCUAAUUUUUCACUAUAUUAUAAAAGUUUAUGAAAAAUGGCACAAAUAAAAAGCUUGGAACAAUUUUCCCGAUUUAAUUUCAAGUAGGAUUUAAAUUAAAAACCCAAACAAAAUUCGUUGUUUUGACGGAAUUGCGCACUACUGUUUUCUACUCUAGGGCAAGAUUGAGUGUUUUAUAAGGGCCAAAUUAUGGACCAACUGGUGUGUUUGGUUGUUACCUAGCAGGUACUUUCUAUGCACUAGAGAAUGGAAAGUACCUGCUAGGUAACAACCAGACGUUCACCAGUCAGUCGAUAAUUUGGCUCUUACGGAUGAUAUAAGUUCUUACUUUUCCUAACACAUGCGAAAAGUGCUUUCCGUGCGGUAAAGUAUCACUUUUCGCAUCCGUUAUUAAAACGAACAAUUCAAACUUGGCCCUAGACAACGAUUUAGUGCUGUCUUCUAUUGUUGGUGCUGAAACUACAAACAGGUACCAUAAGUUUGAGAUAUUUUUACUUUUUAAGUUAUAAUUUCAUAUUUUUUAAAGGUAAAAAUCAACCAAAAAGGGCUAAUUGUAGCUGUCAAAGGGCACACUUAAUCGUAUUUCAAUAUAGAGAUGAAACUAGUUGUGAAGAUCUAUUUUCAAUUAUCAUAGUACCUAUACCUGGAGAACUAUGACGGAGAAGGGCCACUUUUCAGGUAAGUUUAUAUUGAAAAAACCCUUUUGCAAAAUGCAGAAAUCCUUGGUAGGUAGCUAGUCCAAAUAUUUACAUAUUUAAAUUAAGUUUUAAGAAGUAAUACUAAUUGUGUUUUUCGCGUUUUGUAUUUUUAUACCUACAGUAUGAAACAAACAAACAUCAUUUAUAAAUAUUACUUUUAUUAAUUAGGGUAACGGACCAAUUAAGGACCUAUUGAUAAGUGUUUUCUCUUACAUUUGUCUCACUUUAUUAUUGUUAAUUUGUUAAAUACUGUAGGUACAUGGUAUGUAUUUACAUACCUUUUACUUUUACAUACCUACAUUCUACAACUACUGUUCUAGAAAAGAAUUCCAAGUUUUAGAUUUCCUCAAGGAUUUACUUUAGACAGAUUUAUUUUAUUUUCUUACGAGCGUGCGGUAAACUGCACCUUACCGCACUUAUUUGCAAGUGGAAAAAAGCACUUUACCGUAGGUACCCUAUGCGAUGAAGUAGACGUUGGAAAAAUAGACAUUUGAUUCUCGCAAUGGUGAUUUUAGGAGGUUUUCUCAAGUUUUUCUUUGCAAUAACAUACAAAAUACUUUUCAAUUUGGUUUCCAAAUCUUGAAAUCAAGUUCCAAUUUAUUUUGCCUUAUAAAAAACAUAUUCGGUUAUAAAUGCGGAAAGUUUAGUCAUUUUGAUAUACUUCCAGGCUCGCUUCCAGGAUUCUCUCAAUAGCAAUUUUUUGGGGGUUUUCUCAAGUUUAUUUCAACGAAUCAUGAAGAAUUUUCCUCUACGACUUAUGGUUACCGAGCUAUGGCCGCUUGAAGUUUCAAUUUUUAUAAUUUUCAGAUUUCUCUGAUGUGUUGAAGGUAUACCUUCAACACAUUUAAAAACCAUAGUCAAAAUUUCAAAAUCUCGGUACGUUAUCGGGUAGAGUUCUCGUUUGAGGCCUUAGCCCGGAAAAAAAUCCAGAAGAAAAUUCCAAAAAUGUUUGGGGACAUUUUUCAACUUGCAUGGUCUCCUUAAAAAAUUGAGACUUGCGCAGAGCCGCAGAACAGACAAACAGAAAAAAACUAAAUAUAAACAAUAAAGCACUAUUUACAAAUAGGUAUGUAACUAUAGGUAGGUACAGGGUAUUUUAUUAUAUUUGGCACCAUACCUACAGCCUUUACUAUUCAAGAUAGAAAAAAAAUUCAAAUACAAAACUUUACAGAUUUUUUUCUAUAUUUUCUCUUAACGUUAUCAGAAAAAACAAAAUCGCAUCGGAAAAUGGAGAAACGUAGGCAACAUCGACUUUUUUUAAUGGAACACCCUGUAUAUUAUGCGAUAAAAUGAAAGAUCUUUUCUUCUUGAUUCCCAAAUAUAUAUAAAUUUAUCACAUUUGGGUGAGCCGUUUUUGAUAAAUUUUAGCUUAAAUUAUAAAUAAAAUCAAAAGAAAUUUUAUAAAGAUUUAAAUGUCUUGCCAUCCUUAUGAAAUUUCUGUGCAAAUAAUUCAUAAUUUGAGUUAAAAUAUAUCAAAAACGGCUCACCCAAAUGUCAUCAAUAUAUAUAUAUUUGGAAUCAGGAACAAAAAAUCUUUCAUUUUAUCGCAAAAUAUACAGGGUGUUUCAUUUAAAAAAGUCGACGUUGCCUACGUUUCUCUAUUUUCCGGUGCGAUUUUGUUUUUUUUGAUAAUGUUAAAAGAAAAUAUAGGAAAAAACUGUCAAGUUUUGUAUUUGAAUUUUUUUUCUAUUUUGAAUAGUAAAGGCUGUAGGUAUGGUGCCAAAUAUAAGCAAAUACCCUGUACAUAUUUAUUUGUAAAAUUUCAAAAUAUUCAUAGAAUAGAGCUAUAGCCACAAUAAAUUGCCUAAAUAUUAAGCAUAAUUAAAAUUAUAAAUGCCCUUCGAGACAGCUAGCAGAGUUGAAUUGAAAACAAACACAAUAAUCAAUACGAUAAUACUUUCAAAAUCCUGAAAUAUAAAUACAACAAUCUAAUAGAAAUGCUUUUGUAAACGCAGAUUUUUCUCAAAUAGGUACCGAUUUCCUGAGAUUAUGUGUUGACAGUCCUGUAUUAAAAACACUUAAAAUUUCAAUCCUAUUUGAACUUGGUUCAUGAUUGAAGCCGAUUUGAGAAGAGAUUCCUUUUCCUGCUCGUUGAGCUGUUCUUUGACGAUAUAGGAAACGCCGCUUUCGCCUAGGACAGCGGGAACGGAUAGGAAUACGUCUUGGUCGAUUCCGUGCAUAUCCUAGAAUUGAAAAUUGGACUAUACUUAAUCAUUGUCUCUAUGGAGCACGAGAUUAUUUAAUAUUUUCUAGAAAACAACGAGAAUGAAUAAUGAGGAAAAGCUAAAAACACACACAAAUAUUAUUAGAACAAAUUUAUUAUGAUAAAAUUGGUAUAUAGCUAUAAAAAAUAAUGCAUUUACAGGGAAUAAUCUUCAGCGGUGUGGACCUCUAUUCUCGAAACCGAGGAACAGCGUUCUCAUGAGAACGAUUGCUCUCUGUCUUUUUCCGUGUUAUGGAAAUAUGAUAUGGACGACGAAGACAGUGAACAUUCUUUCUCAUGAGAACGCUGCUUCUCUGAUUCGAGAAUAAGGACCCCACCUCCUAAUGAUCAGAUCAUAAGUUGAGCUAGCUAUAGAGCUAUAAUUAUAACAUAGAAAUUAGCGUUAGUAGUUAGUAGAAUUAAAUUAACACACAUCACAAUAAUCUUUAAAAAAAUAAUAAUAAAAAUAGUAAAACUUAAAAUAGGAAUAUGGCGUAAAUAAUAAUAAUUGGGCUAACUUAAAAGCCUGAAUGUUCCCUGAGAUAUUUUAUAAUUUAUCUGGACGCUUUAUUAAAUGCACAUUAUCUUAUAAAUCCAAUCAAUACAAUUUUACAGUCUUGUCACUAAAAUUCCAAUUUGUUCUGUACUACAGACAUCUUGGUAGCUGAACUUUGGAGACUGAAUAUUUCGUCUUUGGACAAGGUCUGAGUGACUGUGUGUGAAAUUCCAUGGGUACCGAUCACUGCUGGCACUGACAGAUAAACUUCUUC